GUUCCAGCGAGAGCAUUAAUACAACUAAAGAGCGCUAAUUCAAGAUGAUCAGCACAAAAAGGGUGGGGUGGGAGAGGCUCCUUUAACCGUAUAUAAACCGCUCAUGGGGAUCCAGAGGCAGGACACUUUCAUUCUCAAUACACAAUGAUGUACAAGUUCGCCAUCUGCCUGGCCCUUGUGGCGGCCGCCUCCGCCCGCCCCCAACAGAAGAGCGCCGACGAGCCCAUCGCCAUCCUCCGCCUUGACAACGAGGGUGUCAACCACGACGGCUCCUACAAGUUCGGUUUCGACACGGCCAACGGCAUCUCUGUUGACGAGACCGGCUACAACAAGCCCAUCCAGAGCCAAGACCCCGAGAACCAGAACGCUCAGGUCGCCGAAGGUCGCUUCACCUACACCGGCGACGACGGCCAGCAGUACACCAUCACCUACGUGGCCGACGAGAACGGAUUCCAGCCCCAGGGCGACCACCUUCCCACCCCUCCCCCCAUCCCCGCCGCCAUCCAGCGCGCCCUCGACUACAUCGCGUCCCAACCCCCCCAGGCGCAGAAGAAGUAAAUUUGAUUGAUUGCAAUCGUCACCCAUCCAUGCAUAAAUGUAUAUUACGCGAAAAGAACAAAAACCUGCUAAUUUUUUAAGGAAAAGCAAUAAAAACCUCUGUGUUCCUAAAUCAGUCGAACCCUAAA